CUAUCAUCGCUCCAUCCCGCGGACCAAUCAGCGACGCCGCUCGGCCCCUCGACGUCAGUCUCCUCUCCUCUAGGCCAAUCGGAUUGUUCGAUAUUACUGUACUUCACCCGGUCGGCCGCCUGUCUCUCAGGUGGACGUGACGUACCGCGGAAAGUCUUCUCUCCAGACCUGCAGUCACCCUGCGUUGGCCAUCAUGGCGUUGAACGGCACGACAGACAUCUUGACUUCUGCCUACCUGGCGGUGGAGUACGUAGAUGCAGUGCUGCCAGAAAACCCUUUCCAGCCCUCCCUGAAACACGCCUGGGGCUACAUGAUGGACAACUACACCAAGUUCCAGAUUGCCACCUGGGGGUCGCUCAUCGUCCAUGAGUUCAUCUACUUCCUGUUCUGCCUGCCUGGGUUCCUCUUCCAGUUCAUGCCAUUCAUGCAGAAAUACAAGAUCCAACAGGACAAGCCAGAGACCUGGGAGAAACAAUGGAGAUGUUUCAAGAUGCUGCUGUUCAACCAUUUCUGUAUCCAGCUGCCUUUGAUCUGUGGGACUUACUACUUCACUGAGUUCUUCAACAUCCCUUAUGACUGGGACUCCAUGCCACGCUGGCCGUAUGUCCUGGCUCAGUGCUUUGGCUGUGCUGUUGUUGAAGAUACCUGGCACUACUUCCUCCAUCGCCUACUGCAUCACCGCAGGAUCUACAAAUACAUCCACAAAGUUCACCACGAGUUCACAGCUCCGUUCGGCAUGCAGGCAGAAUACGCUCACCCUGCUGAGACUCUCAUCCUGGGAGCUGGUUUCUUCAUCGGCAUCAUGAUCUUCUGUAACCACGUGUUCUUCCUGUGGGCCUGGGUGUCCUUCCGCCUGCUGGAGACCAUUGAUGUCCACAGUGGUUACGACAUCCCUAUGAACCCGCUCCACCUGAUCCCGUUCUACGCCGGCUCCCGUUUCCACGACUUCCACCACAUGAACUUCGUUGGGAACUACGCCUCCACCUUCACCUGGUGGGACAAGCUGCUGAAGACGGACAACCAGUACAACAAGCACAUGCAGAAAGAGGGAGACAAGAAGCAGCAGUAAACCACUCGUGCCUCUGUUCACACCCACACACCUGGUCUGUCAGGAGGAGGGAAGGAGAAGCAGUGAGCUGGACAGACACACAGCGAGCACACAAGCAGUGCCGCUUUUCCUCUCGGUACACUUAAUGAAACACACACACACACACACACACACACACACACACACACUAAAGGUGUACUUUAAAUGAAUCAGCACAACUGUGGUUUGAUUCUGAAUCAGACUGCAUGUUGACUUCAGUCUGUCUUCAGUGCCUUUCUGCAAAACAAGUAUUGUUGUCUGCUUCUGUCAACAGCUGCUGGCUGAAUAAAAACCACCAACAUCCUCAUUUAUAUUUGUUGCUUUGCUUGGUCAUUGAAUGAAAAAAGUUGCUCCAUAUAUCUUGUGAAAUGCUUCCGUAUACCUCUGAACGUCUGAGCACUUUAGCGCUUCCUCUUGAGUCCAACACAGUCAGACUGACAUUGCGCAGCUCAGUGGUAGCUGUCGAAACUCAGUGCCGACUUCUGAGACAAGUCAGGCAUGUUUGAUGCAAACCCAUGUAAAUUUGUGAUUGUAAGGGAUUGGCUCAUAUGGCGCUUCCAGGUUGUUCAAGCAUAUUUUGUUAAAGACUGUAACAAUAAAUAAAUGCUGUUUUGAUUUUACUAAAGGAAACUUCGAAAAUGUUUUUCAGUUUUGUGAUACUAGAAUAAAAAUAUAUGAACACA